AUGUUUAAUAACGCCAUCAUCUCCUUCCUCCAGCUAUGGCUCGCGACGCUUGCCUUUGCUGCUCCCAUCGCUGAUGAUGCCAUCAGCGCGACCUCUGCUAAGCCCUGGCACUACGGUACUGGUGGUGGAAUCAUUGGAUUCAUUGUUUUAGUGCUUGACAUUCUCGUCUGGAUCGAGGUUCUCCAGUCCAACCGCCCCGUUUCCCACAAGAUUCUCUGGUGUCUCGUUGUCUUCCUUUUCCCCAUCGUCGGAAUGCUCGUUUAUUACCUAUUCUCCAACCGCCAGGCUCACAUGCGAAGCGGAGGCUACGAGCCGGUCCCUUAG